CCUAGAACAAGAAAUCAAGAGUUCUUCAAACAAAAACAAAGCAAAAAACAACUUAAUUCCAUGGAUUCAAUCCAAGACAUGGAUGGAGGUUCCAACUCUCAUCACCAUGAGAUGAACAUGGCAUCAAGCAAUAACCUAAUUAUCAACACAAGCUCAAUGAACCCUGCUACUACUCUAGCCUCAGCAGCAGGAGUAGCUGGAACCUCAUCUUCUUCUUCUUCUUCAUCUCCUGCUUCCAGCAGCCGCUACGAGAACCAAAAGCGGCGCGACUGGAACACCUUCGGCCAAUACCUCAAGAACCACCGCCCCCCGCUCUCUCUCUCCCGGUGCAGCGGGGCCCACGUCCUCGAAUUCCUCCGCUACCUCGAUCAGUUCGGCAAGACCAAGGUCCACACCCCCAUCUGCCCCUUCUACGGCCACCCGAACCCUCCGGCUCCUUGCCCCUGCCCACUCCGCCAGGCAUGGGGCAGCCUCGACGCCCUCAUCGGGCGCCUUCGAGCCGCCUUUGAAGAAAACGGAGGCAAGCCCGAAGCCAACCCGUUUGGGGCUCGAGCCGUUCGACUUUACCUUCGCGAGGUUCGUGAUUUGCAGUCGAAAGCAAGAGGCAUCAGCUACGAGAAGAAGAAGCGGAAGAGGCCACCGUUGCCGCAGCAGCUGCCGCCUCCCCCACUGCCGCCGACAGUUCAUCACCAUCCAGGUCAAUAAAAAGUCAAAGCAAGCUACUGUUACGACCAAUGAAGAUAUGAGGGUACCGUCUUUAUAUAUUUAAAUUACGCUUUUUAAGACUUGUGUGGUGGUAUUUGGAUGUUAUUGUUAAUUAGGGUUUUAGUUAAUUUUAUGAUAUCAAGUGGUUGUUGGUAGCCACUGCUAAGCUUAGCUAGAGACAGACCUGCGUUUUUCAUCAAUUAAUUCUGUGUUUCUAUAAUCUGUCUGCUUUGCUUUCACUAAAAGCAAACCUUUACUUAAUUAGAUCCAUAUUCUGUUGGAUAUUAAGAUUGAGCCUCUUCUCGA